AAAUUUAUGUCGUGAUUGGUUCCUCUAACGUUCCUCAACAAAGCCUUGCUGUUCCGAGCUGGUUCAGAAGGUGGUGGUGGCAAGGUUUAUACCGUGCAUGAUGUUGAAGAAGCAAAGGCAGCUCUUAGUCUUGUUCCUAUAUGGGGAACGAGCUUGGUGUAUGCUAUUGUAUAUGCGCAGUGCUCAACUUUCUUUACCAAGCAAGGGGCUACUAUGGACAGAACAAUAUUUACCGGUUUUGAGAUACCAGCGGCUUCACUACAAUCCUUAAUCGGCUUGGCCAUUGUACUUACUAUUCCCACAUAUGACCGAAUUUUUGUUCCAAUAGCGAGAGCUAUAACCAGGAAACCCUCUGGCAUAACGAUGCUGCAGAGAAUUGGAACUGGGAUGCUUUUAUCUGUCAUUUGUAUGGUAGUUGCUGCUCUUGUUGAAAAGAAAAGGCUUGAAACUGCUCAAGAGUAUGGGCUGGUGGAUAUGCCAAACGUGACUAUACCGAUGGGUAUAUUGUGGUUGGUUCCUCCGUAUGUGUUGUCUGGAAUUGCUGAUGUAUUCGCCUUGGUUGGUCUGCAAGAGUUCUUCUAUGAUCAGGUCCCAAUUGAAUUGAGGAGUGUCGGUGUGGCCCUCUACCUCAGUAUUCUUGGCGUGGGCAGCUUUUUAAGCAGCUUUCUUGUAUCUGCCAUUGAGGCAGCGACUGGCGGCAUUGAUGGCCAAGCUAGUUGGUUCGCUGAUAAUGUUAACAGGGCGCAUCUCGAUUACUUUUAUUGGUUACUUGCUGGACUCAGUGCAGCUGCAUUUACUGCCUUUUUUUUAAAAAAAAAAUCUUACAUUUACAUGGACACGCCACCGCUAUUCCACACCGUCGAUGGUGCCGUUGACUUCAAAGGCCGUCCGGUCCUCCGAUAUGACUCCGGGCGCUGGAGAGCCGCAUCUUUCAUCAUAGGUGUGGAGGUAGCGGAGAGGUUCGCAUAUUAUGGGAUAAGCUGCAACCUGAUAACCUAUUUGACGGGGCCGCUGGGGCAGUCCACGGCCACUGCCGCCGAGAACGUGAAUGCCUGGUCCGGAACGUCGCAGCUGUUGCCUUUAUUGGGCGCAUUUGUGGCCGAUUCUUUUCUGGGGCGCUACCGCACUAUUGUCUUCGCUUCACUCAUCUACAUCUUGGGACUAGGUUUGUUGUCUGUGUCGGCUAUGCUUUCUUCUACAAGCACUUCUGACUAUGUACGCAUCAAAACUACAUUAGAUUCUUCGCAUGAGCUCCAAACAAUCCUUUUUUUCUUCUCUCUGUAUCUAGUAGCAAUUGGGCAAGGCGGGCACAAGCCUUGUGUUCAGGCUUUUGGAGCAGAUCAGUUUGAUGGACAAGAUCCAGAGGAGUGCAAAGCCAAAAGCUCAUUCUUCAAUUGGUGGUACUUUGGUGUAUGUGGGGCUGCGGCUGUAACAGUUUUGGUCUUGAGCUAUAUACAAGACAAUCUUAGUUGGAGCUUGGGUUUUGGAAUCCCUUGUAUUGUGAUGGUGGUUGCACUGGGUAUUUUCUUGCUUGGUACCAGGACUUAUCGGUAUAGUGUUAAAGGGCACGGAAAAAGCCCAUUUUUGAGGAUUGGUCGUGUGUUUGUAAAUGCAGUUAGAAAUUGGCGGACUUCCCCUUCGGCAAUAGCUAUUGAAGAGGAAGCACUUGGAAUUCUGCCUCAUCGUAGCUCUGGACAAUGCAGGUUCCUCAACAAAGCCCUUCUGUCCCCACAUGGUUCAAAUGAAGAAGGCGAGGUUUGUACUUUCAGUGAGGUUGAAGAAGCAAAGGCAAUUCUUAGGAUCGCUCCAAUAUGGGUUACAAGCUUGGGAUAUGCCAUUGUUUUUGCUCAGAUCUCAACUUUCUUUACCAAGCAAGGGGCUACUAUGGACAGAACAAUUUUCCCCGGCUUUGAGAUACCGGCUGCUUCACUACAGUGUUUUGUCGGGCUGUCCAUUAUUAUUUUGAUUCCCAUAUAUGACCGCAUCUUUGUUCCUAUAGCAAGAGCGUUCACCAGGAAACCUGCCGGCAUCACAAUGUUACAGAGAAUUGGAACUGGGAUGAUUUUCUCUAUCAUAUGCAUGGUAGUUGCGGCUCUAGUUGAAAAGAAGAGGCUAAAAACUGCUCAAGAAUACUGGCCGGUUAACAUGCCUGAUGCUACUGCUCUAAUGAGUGUGUGGUGGUUGGUUCCUCAGUAUGUAUUGUCUGGAACAGCUGAUGUUUUCACCAUGGUUGGUCUGCAAGAGUUCUUCUACGAUCAGGUCCCAAUGGAAUUAAGGAGUGUGGGUCUGGGCCUCUACCUCAGUAUUUUAGGCGUGGGGAGCUUUUUGAGCAGCUUUCUUGUCUCUGUAAUCGACGAAGCAACUGGUGGGGAUGGCCAAGAUAGUUGGUUCGCUGAUAAUCUUAAUCGGGCACAUCUUGAUUACUUUUAUUGGCUACUGGCAGGAAUCAAUGGGGCUGCACUGGCUGCCUUCUUGUAUUUUGCAAGAUCUUACAUUUAUAAUAGGCGAGUAACGAUUUAGAUACCUUCACUAUAUUUUCAUUUCGAUUGGUUGCGAGUAGUAAGCAAAUAUGUAAUGUAGGUGGGAGUAAUAUUCACGGAAAAAAAAUGCAGUGUUAGCGUAUUAUCUCAUUAUUGAUGCAGCAUAUAUAUAUGGGAUGGGAGAGGGAGACUUGUACUGAA